AAUGAACCAGAAGUCAAGACACAAAGCCGAGACAAACAAACCCCGGCAGAAUUAAGCCUUUGAUUGGGCCAACGAAACAGAAACUAGUCAGUCCAGUGGAGUCCAUUGGGAUUAAAAAUGCUACACAGACAAGACAUAAACAAUGAUUACACAUUGUCCAACUCUAGCAACCCAAGUCCAACAGGCAAGGAGGAGGAAGAGUAGAGGAAGCAAGCAACCGGCCAGUAUCAAGCUGGGGUGUCCGCUCCCGUGGGCCCCCCAUCCUCUCCCCGUGCUUCCUGCUAACUUCACCAAGAAUUUCUCCUUUUUCUUAUUUCUCUCUCUCUCUCUCUCUGAUAAAAAAAAAAAAAAACCAAGAUUCAAGUUUCACUCCAUUAACAAACUGUGAGAUUAUCUUCACAGGUGUUUCGAGUUUAUAAUCUCACUUUCCCUUAAAGGGUUUAAUUGUUCCACUUUUAGCUAAUUUAAAAAAUAUGGCAUCAUCUCAUAGCAACACUCACACUGAGGCAGCCAAAAUGGAACAAGUUAUCACUGAAUUCUUCUAUAAGAGUCUUCUUAUAAUAGUUGAAUCGAGGUCUCCUUAUGUGUCAUCUCGUAAUUAUAGUGGUGAACAAGCUGUGUCAUCUCCAUCUUCAUCCUCAUCAUCUUCGUCAAGUGUGAGACCGAGAGAUAAAUGGUUCAAUUUAGCUCUUAAGGAGUGCCCUUCAGCACUAGAAAAUUUUGACCUUUGUCGCCAAAGUAAUUUUGAGCCGGUAGUGGUUGAUGUUAUUUUGGAGCAGAAGCCACUUGAUUGGGAACCUGUGACCUUUUCCCCCAAAAGGGAUCUUGUUAGGAAUUUGUCAUCUAAAGAUAAGAAUUCAUUUUUCUGGAAUUCUGAUCAAGAAAAAUCUGGUGUUGAGACAAAAACUGAAAAGAUUAUAGAAAGAUGGUUCGUGCAGCAUGAAAGUAGAAAGGGUAGGGAUUUUAGUUCAGGGAGUAGAAGGUCAAGUAGUAAUAAUUUGAGUACGUUUUAUAAGAAAUUGAUAUUGCUGUUGAGGUCCUUAUAUGCGACUGUUAGGCUUUUACCUGCAUAUAAGUUCUUUCGUGAUCUCAAUUCAUCUGGUCAAAUUCGUGCCUUUAAGCUUGUUCCUAGGGUAUCUUCUUUUGUUGAACACUUCACUCGUAAAGAAGAGGCAGAAAUGCAGCGAUUUUUGUUUACCCCUGUGGAUACUUCUUGCGGAAGACUUUGCCUUUCAGUUUUGUACCGUUCAUCAAUCUCAGAUAUAUACUCUGAGUCAUCAACUCUUAUGUCCCCUCAAUUUAUACCAGAUUACGUUGGAAGCCCAUUGGCAGACCCACUGAAGCAAUUUCCCUCUCUUCCUGUGUCGCACAGCUCUCCAUCAUCUUUGCCAUUCGCAAGAAGACAUAGUUGGAGUUAUGACCUUUACAAGGCUUCACCGCCUUUGGUUUCUUUCUCACCAUCACCAACACAUUCAGAAUCGCAUGCUUCAGUUUCUAACCCAAGUUCGCACCGUUUACCACCUAUGAGCUUACCUCGUCAUCCUUCUGAGACAUCACUAGCUCAUAAGAAGAACACAAACUUUGAUGAGUAUUAUCCUUCCCCCAAUUUCUCUGCUUCCCCUACCCCCUCUCCAUCACCCCCCAUCCACAUUCCCGGGACUCAUCUGUCAAAAGCUCUUUCACGUUGUGAAAGUGCUCCUGUUAACAUACCUGCUCCUAAGCUUGCUAAUUCCCCUGCAUUGCCCAGAAAGCAAAAUUUGCCACCAUCACCUCCCCUUAAACUUACAAGAGCUGGUACUUCUAGCACUGAUACUAAUAUGGGUCCUGGUCAAACUGCUGCAACUAUUGAGAAGCUGUUCUCUUUUGGGAAAGAAGACUGUCGGAAUUAUUCUGGAGUGAAGGUAUCUUCCAACAGCUCACCACAAAUUUCAUUUUCCAGAAGUUCCAGUAGGUCUUUACAGGAUGAUUUUGAUGACUCUGAGUUUCCUUGUCCAUUUGAUGUGGAGUUUGAUGAAAUGACGGACCCUGGUAGCAGACCUGAGUCUUAUGAUAGAAGAGGACAUCUGUCUGAUCCAAAUGAGGCAGGUUUGUUUAUGAAUAGAAUAUCCCAAGAUGCUGCAGUUGGUGCUCUUGUAAGUAUGCUGAAGAAAGCCCCUCCACUUCGCCAAGACAUCUCCAAUUCAAUUAAUUUUUCAGAAGCCUCAAGGCCAGAAAUGUGGAACAACAUCAUCCAGGAGCAAAAUCAGAUCUCAGAGGCUGUGACUGUUGAACAUGCCGCUUCUUCAAGUAUUUCAUCUUCUAGGUUUGUUGCAUCCAAAACAACUGCUGAUGCAUUAGAGGAACUUCGGGGUUACAAAGAGAUGAAAAACUCGUUGCUUAGUGAAGGUGGUAAGUCUUACACAUUUGCUAAUUUUGCCUCUGAUGCUGAACAUUCCAGCAAAGAUAUAUGAGAAUAAUGAACUUCUGCUAUAUUGCACAUAUGUACAGCGUUAUGGUUUGAGAGAUUACUACGUGCUAUGCAGCUGAAGCUAUUUUCCCCAUUAUGUGUAAAUAAAAGUGUGUGUGUAUAUAUAUAUAUAUAUAUAUA